UUUUGAACGUUUGUAUACAAGAGAAACGAGUGACAAAAGCCCUUAAAAUAGAUAGUCCGUCAAUCGGACCACCUCUGGAGGAGCGGAGCUGUCUGUUUUCAGUGGGAGGAUUUGUGAAAGUUGGCUGACAACUUAAAAACGUAAAAACACCAGAACCAGGCUGCCAUCAAGAUCCAGUGUGAAGGCAAGGCAGCAGCUGCCCCUCUGCGUCUGUCUGGCUCUUACACAGUCACCUGCGUCACGUCCACCUCCAGCCAAACAGCAGGGACUCAUGGCCCAGCCGAGGAGUUGUGAGGGGGGCUAUUCCCUGUGGGAGCAGAAUAACAAUGGCUGGGUGUCCCUGAGCUCCUCGGCACGGGUGACCCCCUCAGGACCCCGGUCCUCUGAGAACUGGAGAUCCAGGCCUCCUCUACGGCCAUCCAGCCCUCUGUCUCUCAGCCAUCUGGACACCCACCAGAAGAGGAGGUCUCCUGUUAAGGCACAGCACUGCCCACCCCAGAGCAAGCCAGCGUGGGACAGUCUGAAUGAUCACACAGGGACCGCAGUGAGAGGGCUUUACUCCACACACAGCUCUUCCGGGAGUGAAGGUGGUGUGGAUGGCUGGGAGCUCCCUGGGCUGAGGCGCUGGCGCUCCCUGUCCCGUCUGGCACCCGAGGGGGCCCCGCGGCCCACGUCGCCCGCCGGCCAAGAGCUGCGCACAGCGCUGGUGGAGAGCGGCGCCAGGCGGGCCGAGCUCGUGCGGCAGCUGAGGGAGGCCCACAGCCGGCUGGAGCAGCAGGCAGAGCUGCUGCGCGGGCGGGACGGCCAACUGGACGCGCACCGGGCGCAGACUGAGCUGCUGGAGCUCAAGCACAAGGGGAAAGAUCGGGCGGAGCGCGAGCUGCUAGAGGCAAGAGAGGCCCUGCGAGGCUGUCAGGAGAGAGUCGAGACUCUGGAGGCUGAGAAAGACCAGGUGUUACAGCAGCUCCGGGCCUCCAAAGAGGUCAGUGGCCAGCCUCCUUCAUACACAUGUUGA